AUGUUUGCAAUUGUUUGUCUUUUCUUUGGUGCUGUCAUACACUUAAAGAAAGUUAUGUGCUUAAAUGAUGGGGUUGGGGAUGAAAUGGCAUUUUUCUCUCUCUCUCUCUCUCUCUUUCUCUCUCUUACUACUUCUUCACACUUUCAAAAAUCACAAAGAGAAAAAAAAACUUUUUCCCCUUCUUUUUUCUUUUUUUAUUCCUUUUUUUCCUUCUUUUUUAUUCUUUCUUUUUUUUUUUUUCCUUUUUUCUUUUUCUUCUUUCUUUUUUCUUUUUCUUUUUUUCGUUUCUUUUUUCCUUUCUUUCUUUUUUCCUUUCUUUCUUUCUUUUUUCCUUUUUUCCUUUCUUUUUCCUUUUUUCCUUUCUUUUUCCUUUUUUCCUUUCUUUCUUUUUCCUUUUUUCCUUUCUUUCUUUUUCCUUUUUUGUCUUUUCUUUCUUUUUCCUUUUUUCUUUUUCUUUCUUUUUCCUUUUUUCUUUUUCUUUUUUUUUUUUUUAAAUAUCUGCAGUCUGUCUCUCUGUGUCUCUCUCUCCUCCCUUUUCUCUCUCUCUCUUUCUCUCCUCCCUUUUCUCUCUCUCUCUCCUCCUUUUCUCUCUCUCUCUCCCUACCUUUUCUCUCUCUCUCUCCUCCCUUUUCUCUCUCUCUCCCCUUUUCUCUCUCUCUCUCUCCUCCCUUUUCUCUCUCUCUCUCUCUCCUCCCUUUUCUCUCUCUCUCUCCUCCCUUUUCUCUCUCUCUCCUCCUUUUUCUCUCUCCUUCCUUCUCUCUCUCCUCCUUUUUCUCUCCCGUCUCUCUCCUUCUCUCUCUUCUCCUUUUUCUCUCCCUCUCUCUCCUUCUCUCUCUCUCUUCUCCUUUUACUCUCCUUCUCUCUCUCUCUUCUCCUUUUACUCUCCUUCUCUCUGUCUCUUCUCCUUUUUCUCUCCCUCUCUCUCCUCUCUCUCUCUUCUCCUUUUUCUCUCCCUCUCUCUCCUUCUCUCUCUCCCCUCCCUUUUUCUCUCCCUCUCUCUCUCCUCCUUUUUCUCUCCCUCUCUCUCCUUCUCUCUGUCCUCCUCUCUCUCCUUCUCUCUCUGUCCUCCUCUCUCUCCUUCUCUACCCUCCCUUUUCUCUCUCUCUAUCCUCCCUUUUCUCUCUCUCUCUUUCUCUCUCUAUCCUCCCUUUUCUCUCCCUCUCCCCUCCCUUUUCUCUCUCUCCCCUUCCUUUUCUCUCUUCCUCCCUCUCUCUCCUUUUCUCUCUCUCUCUUUCCCCACCUCACACACACACACACACACACACACUUCAAUGA